AUGCUCUCCAAGAAGUAUCUCACCUUCGGCGCCUUCCUGGCUGCCAUUGUCUCGGCUUCGCCGCUCUCCGCUCCAGCUCCCGAGGAAGGCCUCAUUGUCAUCCAGCAAACUGAAUUUGCCAACGGUACUCUCACCUGGUACGGCGAAGACCCAGCCUUCACCAAGCGAUCAGUCGAUGCCGAUGUCCCGUCCAGCAAGCCGCUUCACAAGCGCUGCGGCAGCGCCCUUCCCCAAUGCAGCAACAUCCACCAAUCCUUCACCUCCGUCUGCAGGACGCUGAUCGACAACCUGCCCGACACCCAGAUUCCCGAAAGCCCGCGGUCGACCUGCUACAACGUCGCCGGCGUCACGUGCUGCAUCAGCUGGGGCAAAGUUAUCGACAACGCGCGCUCCCCGGCGCUGCGGUACGCCGCGAACAAGGUUAUGGAUGCGUGUGUCGCGACAAAUUCGAAGGGGGAGGUGUUGGUGUCGGGCCAGACGCGCGAUACCUUGGUUGGAGGUACCUGUCUUAAUCAGUGCUUGAGCAACAGGGCUACCAACUGUGAUAGUAGCUAA